AUGUUCUCCACCAUCGACUCGCAUCUUGGGCGCCUUCAACGUGGAUCUCCGCUUCACAAGCCAGACGCUGCACUACCGCUCAUCACCACUGACACCUUGCUAACCCUCUUUAUGACCUCUGCCUCCAAAUUCAGAUUCUCGAUAGCAACAACUACUGGUCAUUCUACAUGGUUUUUGCUGACGCUAGAUUCCCUCCUUGAGUACCUACACCAUCAUCAACGCGAAAAACAAAUUUCAAUCUUACGUCUAAAACCGGCCUCUGAUCUGUUUCCCUUUUCUCAAAUCAAGCGGUCGAGUUCUCCUGACACCAACAGGUUAACAAGCCUUGUGAUUACGUCUCUAACUGAGGCAUCGCACAUUGAUGGAGUACAAUGUCAACCUCAAGCGCCAGGGCCACGCAGAAGCUCUACAAGCAGUUGGUUUGUCCAGCUUGACACAUUGAUCAUCGACGAUCACUACAAGGACAAAGCGCAAGCCCAUCUGAAUGCCAAUCUUUGGGCCAACGCAAAGAAAUUGGCAGCCGUACGAGACAAAAUCGAACCAUGGACUGAGGGUACCUGGCACCCGCAGCGCGAGCACAUUCAGUGUGGUAUCGGAUCCCAUGAUCCGGCCUCAAAUUCCUUUGGCAGCGAAGGACAGAACUACAUCGAGGCUAGCCUGAGGGUUGUGAGGUUACAGCGGUGUCUACAGCGCUUGGCCUUGCUCACUGGCAAACCGACUAGUCAAAAGGCAAGAAAUGGGCAAAAAGACUCUCGAACUCUAUACAGUGAAGUUGCGAAUCAAGAUUUGAGGGGGGCGAAAGGUCGAAGCUAUCUUUGGUCGUUCAACAUGGCUUUUGCUGACGCUAAAUUUCUUCCUUCGGGUACCUACGCCAUCAUCAAUGUCGAGUACAACCGUUCCAUCUCUUUCAACAAGGAGGGCGAGUAUUUCUCCGCAUCCAAGGUAGACUAUGGAUGUACCAUCUCAUUCUUCGCGAACAAGAAAUGGUCAAUUCAAGGCCCGCCAAAUGUGUUCGCGGAUAUUGGACCAGAUGCAGAGGAGGGAGAAAACGUUGCCUCGAUAAAGAACCCGCCUAAACCUCAUCAAAUAUACUCUCCGACUCAGCCCAAUCUGUUUUGGAACCUUCCUAAUGGCGGUGACGGGGCAUCUCUGCAAUUGUCUACUGAACACGACAGCAGAGCGAGCUUUUGGAAGUUUAAAAAAUUAGAAAAGGUAGACGGUGACGCCCAACCUCCUGAUCCGAUGAAGCAGUUUGUGGCUUCUCCUGUAAAGCGUCCAACGUCACUAGAUUCAGCGAUCAAAAAUAUCUUCGCCGUGACCAUACCGGCUGGCUGGUUGACAACCAUUACUGCAGUGUCCUGCGGUCAUCGCGUUAACCUUGUCAGAGUUCGCCGCGUUGUUAAUGGGGCGCUGGAGAAAGAAGAUCUUAUUAGUGGUUGGGAUACUAUCGACAAGGCAAUGACAGUCGAUGGAAGCGAUUCAAAUUCCUUGACUCUGCCUUCCGCGGAGGAUGCUUAUGUUCUCGUCAUCGAGGCUUUCAACUCUAGUAAUCGGGCGAGGAAGGAUCCACGCAAGUUGCCUGGGUUCAAAGAUUUAAGCACAAAUCUACGCGUCAUCACGGUUGAUAAUGAUACUCAGACUUUUCGGCCAAAUGUCAUGAAAAGUAUCCCUGAUUUUCAGACUUUUACGAUUUUCGAUGAGUCCUCGGAAGGGUCUAGCUCCGGAAGAACCCAGAAUGCGAUUAUCACGAUUCAUGCCACUGUCAAAGUAGCUGUUGACUUGAAUAAUCCUGGAAAGCCAGAACCGGACAUCGUAAAUAAGGGGUAUAAUAAAGAUCUGGAUUCCCCGCGUCCAGCUUAUAUGGACCAAUGGUUGAACAAAUACCAUCCUGUUUUCGUGAUAGACGACUCUGACUCGAUGGCUACUGAUGGCGCAUGGGGAAAGGCUAAACAAGCAGUGGUCCGAGUAACCUCUGAAGUUAUGCAAUAUGAUUCAGAAGGAAUCGACAUGUAUUUCCUCAACUCUUUGUUAUACCAAAACUCAAUCACAGAUGCUGACAGUGGCGAUAUACCAGGCACCAGAGGACGUUCUUCAAAUAUUUGGAAAGGUCAAACCGAAAGACUGAUCAAGCCGAUCAAUAUCGUCGUUCUCACAAAUAGCCCCCCUUCAGACAAUCCUACUAGGGUUAUUCGAGCAGCGGCGCGGAAACUGGACCAGGGACUACACCAUCCCAACGCCAUCGCAAUUCAAUUCAUUCAGAUUGGUAAUGACAAACUUGCGAAGACAGCAUUGAAGAAAUUGUCGGAUGAUCCCUCUUUUAACAUCGUGGAUACGGUCAUCUUUGGGAACAAAUUUACUCCAGAGAAUCUGCAAAAUUCGGUCCUUAAUGCAAUGCAUCCCUCUGUGCGUGCCAAAGUUGCUAGCUCUUCUGUCCAUUACCGCGUGUACAACGACGAGGGCGCGAUCGUCACAAGACGUCCUGCGUAUCUAAAUGAUACUUAUCUUGGGCGUGUCCGGUCACAGUGGGUUGCUCCACCUCAUAACGCAGGUUCUUUGCGACGCUGCUUGGCGUUGAUGGAAAGUAUUGAUCCAAACGCGACGACAUUGUUCGCCGCUCUCUCGAGCAAGUCUGCGUUGGCGGAUGACAUUCCUGUUUCAUUCAAAACCAACCAAACUCUGGGCAUAUCGCCUGAUGAGCCAGUGGCACUUCUCACAAAGGCCAAGCCUUCCAACACACUGACGCCAGGAACAGAAAAUUUUCGUGUCAGUCCGGAUGCUCAGUCCCCUCUCACCCCACGUUUUCUGUACUAUGGGAUUUAUAACGAGGGUGGCGCGUCGGCUUCUAAGGCGCCUGUCGACCCACAGGAACUCUGGGUGUCCAGGCGUUUUAUUUCUUCAAAAGAGGGCAUUACUGGUUCAUCUCAACUUUUUACCAAUGGGAACGUAGUGACCCCUGUGAUCGAUGAACAUAUCUUGACAGAGGAUGGGAGAUGGCCUGGGUCCACCCCCGACGAUCAUGUUAUGUUCAAGUUCACGACUCCAGUUUCUCCUCAUGCUCAAGUCCCUCCUCCUACUCCAGUUCCUCUUCCUACUCCAGUUCCUCUUCCUACUCCAGUUCCUCCUCCUACUCUUCCUACGUUCAGCGAGGGGUCGCGUUACAUGAUCUUGAAUUCGACGGGUAAAGCCUUGAGAUGUCAUCCCGGGCACACGGGUAAUUCAGGCCGUGACCUUUAUUUGAUUGACGUAGGCGGCUAUCCACAAGCUGCGUAUGAUAACGCAUCGCAUUUUUACCUCAGGACCCAAGCUGAUGGUGGCAUUGCGUUGUACUCCGCGUUGUUCCAAAAGUGGGCAGGGCCGAAUUUCCGUACUCAUCCGACAGCUUACAGCUAUUACUUCAUCCCAACUGAAAGCAAAGGCUGGUUCUCCAUUUGUCUAGAUAGAUCUUCUCGCCAGGCGUUGUAUGACACAAACGUUCGUCACUUCGAACCGGUAGAUUUUCAGCUAGGAGUAAAGGAUCUCAAUCCCAACGACCGCUUGCAAAGAUGGCGCCUGGCCUCGUAGGUAACGUGCCCGGCAGCUGCAUGUCAUG